CUUUCCCCGCAACACCGCGGACUGGGAUGACGACAGUACGUGAAGGACGCAUCUUGACAAGAGCAGCCGACAAGCACGACUACAUCUCAAAAUACGUGACCGACCAGGCUCGCUUGAGGGUCAUGUCCAACAACCCAUCAUCGGCACCGCCGCCUCAGAUGAGAGCUCCACAACUCCAGACGGCCUGGGAGAGACACGCCGGGACGGGGCAGCACAACUCCUCGGUCCGGCACCCUGUCUUCUUUACAGAGAAGCUGCGCCGGCCGCCGCCGUCGCUGGGGCCUGGGGUGGGGAUGAGUCCCGUGGCACACGGCUACGUCUAUCAGGAUGGCCGGAGGGCCGAUGUGGCCUCGACACCAAAGCUUUGAGAGUGUCGCCGCGUACCCGGGGGGGAGGUCGGCCAAGGCUUCCAUUCGAAGGCCACGAGAAGACGUUUCGGAAGAGAUGAGAUGCGUACAAUGGGGUCCAAGGCGCUCGAUGCUCAACGAGCCAUCUGGUACUAAUGACAGCUCCGUCGCCGCCAGGGGCGUGUGUUGAUUUGCGUUCGAGUGUAUUGUUUCAAUAGGAAACUCACGGGCACCUGUGGUCCGACAUGUUUUAUGGCGGAAAUGUAGAACCGACGAUUAUCGACUCUUUUAUCAGUGCCCAGUGAGGGUCUUUCCUCAAGAAGAAGGCAUGGCAUCGAGGCGUAUUGGUGGGUAUGAGUUUUGAUGGCUUUGCCUGCAAUUUAAUGUAAUUUGGGCCAAUGGCAUAGCCUAUGCAACACGAUGUGACCUGCUGGUUUGUGACUCGAGAGACAGCUAAUAUCGUGCACGAUCUUCCUACUAUUGGACCACGUGGAAUUGUUCGGGUGAAUGGGGACUGUAGCCUGGCAUAUUACAUCUACGGCUCUAGAUAUACGUGCGAGGAGGCAGAAAAUCGGCGAGUAAUAGGUAAUUCAUUUGUAUUUCGACCUGUUGCAUGAGCCCACGAGUGGCGGUGUUUGAAAGAUACGUAGUCCAGGGUGGUCCCCCUUCGUGGUUAUUGAAAAUGAAAUUAAAGCCUCCUUUGUUUUGCUUUCCCAAAAAGUCGAGUUUCCCGUUCGCCAUUCGCACCAUUGCCCAAUUUGAAGCCAGCAUCUACACCAUCGAAACAUUCCAUCUCCGCCAUGUAUACAAACCCCGCGUGACACU